AUGGAGGAAAGGAACAGACAGGGGAACAGGGGGCAUGUCGUCGCCGCCGCAGACGAGACGACAGCACUGCUGCGACACAGCGACUCCGAGUCGUCCUCCUCCUCUGCCUCUUCUGUAGACGUCGAGCAGCAGCAGCAGCAAUCAUACAGGACAUCACUACGCCGUCAUUCGUCCGCGGCCAAUCUCCCUCCAUACCAUGAACACCACCCUGCAGACCCUGCUACCACCACCACCACCACUACUACUGAUACUUCGCCGGAAGCAGCAGCAGUAGUAGCAGCGGGAGGGGUCGCUGAAGAAUCUUCGGCGCUGAUCAUCUGGACAAUUGUCCCUGUUUCGCUAUUAGGUGUCUUCGUCGCCAACCUCGACGGCAGCCUGAUCAUCGCGUCCAGCCAGCAGAUCGCGUCCGAGUUCAACGCCCUGUCGAGCGCCUCGUGGCUGGUUACCAGCUUCGUGCUGGCCCUCUGUGCGAGUCAACCCCUGUACGGUAAGCUGAGCGACAUCUUCGGUCGACGGAGUAACCUGAGCGUGGCAUACAUCUUCUUCGCGGUGGGAUGCUUUCUGUGCGGAAUCGGGCGCGAAUACUGGCAUGUGGUCGCCGGUCGAGCCAUCUCGGGCAUUGGCGGCGCGGGCAUGACGGCGCUGGUAUCCAUCAUCAUUGCUGACAUCGUUCCCGUGCGAGAAGUCGCCACCUGGCGGAGCUACGUCAACGUCGCUGCCACGACGGGGCGAGCCGUCGGCGGACCCCUGGGUGGCUGGCUGUGCGACACGAUCGGCUGGCGUUGGUGCUUCUACGGUCAGGUGCCCCCGACGGUGCUGGGUCUCGUGCUCAUCCUGUGGAAACUGCCCAAGCGGACACGAAAGAGAACGACAACGGGCACCAAACCUGACGGUGAUGACGACAGCGAGGGGGAAACCGCCUCGUUCCGCCGGAAACUGGCCCGUGUGGACGUGCUGGGCGCGGUGACGCUGAUCGGAACCAUCAUCAGCUUCCUGGCCGCGCUGGAGUUUCUGAGUGCGGAUGGUCAUAACGACGACGGCGCUCUCCCCCUCGCCUACACACUGGGACCCGCGGUGCUGCUGUUCCUGACCUUCACGGCGCUCUUCUACACCGCCGAGCGCCGCUGGGCCGCCGAGCCCAUCCUGCCCAUCGAACUGCUCACCAGCCGCGCGACGCUGACGGCCUACCUGCUCGCGGGCCUGCAGAUGGCGGCGCAGUUCAGCCUCUUCUAUGCCGUGCCGCUGUACUUCCAGACGGUCGCAGGCACGAGUGUGAGCGACGCGGGACUGCGCCUCGUGCCGGCCGUCGUGGGCAACGCCACCGCCGGUCUGCUGGCGGGAUACACCAUUUCCAAGACCGGGCGGUACCGGCUGUUCACCGUGCUGGGCAACGCCGUGGGCUGUGUGGGCUACUUGCUCGUUCUGCUGCGCUGGCGCGGUACCGUGCACCCGGCCGAGACGCUCUACGUCUUCCUGGGCGGCUUCGCGUCCGGCACUAACCAGGCCACCACCUUCAUCCACCUCGCCGCCAGCCUGGACCCGAGCAAGAUGGCCGUCGCGGGCACGACGCUGUACCUCUGCUACAACCUCUUUCUGCUGAUCGGCAUCCAGCUCUCCACCGCGCUCUUGCACGCCCGUCUGCGGAGCAGUCUGGAGUCCGGCCUGGAGGGCGUCAAGAAUAAAUCCAAGAUCAUCGAGUCCGCCGUCUCCAGCGUCAAAUCUAUCCGCGACCUGCCUCCGUGGAUCAGGGACAUCGUCCUGCGCGCCUACCUCGACGGGUUGAGCUGUACCUUUGCCAUGUCUCUGGCCUUUGCCUUCCUGGGCCUGUUGGUCGCGAUCAGCAUGAGGGAGAAAAGACUAUAA